AUGUCUCUCCCGCUCCCCCGCCCCUCCCCGUCGCCUACAUCCUGCUACAACCCUGCCUCGGCCUUCCCCGUUGCCUGCUUCCCGCCCCUGUUGGCCUUCCCCUUCGCCCACGUCCCUCCACGACCCUGCCUCAGCCUACUCCAUCGCCCGCGUCCCGCCCCUGUCCCCUUCCCCCCUCCCCCCACGUCCCUCCGCGACCCUGCCUCGGCCUACACCGUCGCCCGCGUCUCGCCCCUUCCGCCUCCCCCCUCGCCCACGUCCCUCCGCGACCCUGCCUCGGCCUACACCGUCACCCGCGUCUUGCCCAUAUCCUGCCUCAGCCUACUCCUGCCUCAGCCUACUCCGUCGCCCGCGUCUCGCCCCUUCCGCCUUCCCCCUCGCCCACGUCCCUCCGCGACCCUGCCUCGGCCUACACGUCACCAGCGUCUUGCCCCGUCCGCCUUCCCCACCCUCGCGCCCGUCCUCCGCGACCCUGCCUCGGCCUACACCGUCGCCCGCGUCUCGCCCCUUCCGCCUUCCCCCUCGCCCACGACCCUCCGCGACCCUGCCUCGGCCUACACCGUCGCCCGCGUCUCGCCCUUCCGCCUUCCCCCUAAACCCCACGUCCCUCGCGACCCUGCCUCGGCCUACACCGUCACCGGCGUCUUGCCCUUAUCCUGCCUCAGCCUACUCCGUCGCCCGCGUCUACGCCCCUUCCCCUUCCCCCUCGCCCGUCCCUCCGCGACCCUGCCUCGGCCUACACGUCGCCAGCGUCUCGCCCUUCCGCCUUCCCCUCGCCCCACGUCCCUCCGCGACCCUGCCUCGGCCUACACCGUCACCCGCGUCUUGCCCAUAUCCUGCCUCAGCCUACUCCGUCGCCCGCGUCUCGCCCCUUCCGCCUUCCCCCUCGCCCACGUCCCUCCGCGACCCUGCCUCGGCCUACACCGUCACCCGCGUCUUGCCCAUAUCCUGCCUCAGCCUACUCCGUCGCCCGCGUCUCGCCCCGUCCGCCUUCCCCCUCGCCCACGUCCCUCCGCGACCCUGCCUCGGCCUUCCUCGCUGCCUGCGUCCCGCCCCCUGUCGGCCUUGCCCGUCGCCCACGCCCUGCCACUAUCCUGCCUCAGCCUACACCGUCGCCCGUUUCCCUUUCCCGCCACUAUCCUGCCUCAGCCUACUCUGUCGCCCGUUUCCCGCCACUAUCCUGCCUCAGCCUACUCUGUCGCCCGUUUCCCGCCACUAUCCUGCCUCAGCCUACUCUGUCGCCCGUUUCCCGCCACUAUCCUGCCUCAGCCUACUCUGUCGCCCGUUCCCGCCACUAUCCUGCCUCAGCCUACACCGUCGCCCGUUUCCCGCCACUAUCCUGCCUCAGCCUAUUCUGUCGCCCGCGUCCCGCCCCCUGUCGGCCUUGCCCGUCGCCCACCUCCCGCCACAACUCUGCCUCAGCCUACGCCAGUCGCCUGUUUCCCGCCACUAUCCUACCUCAGCUUACUCAGUCGCCCGCGUCCCGCCCCCUCCUCGGCCUACACCUUCGCCUGUUUUCCGCCACUAUCCUGCCUCGGCCUAUACCUUCGCCCGUGUCCACCUUUGCCCGCGUCCCACCCCCUUUUCGGCCUUCCCCGUCGUCCGCGUCCCGCCCCUUGUCUGCCUUCUCAGUCGCCUGCAUCCCUCCACUGGCCUUCUAGGUCGUCUGUGUCCCACCGCUGCCCCCUUUCUCACGCCCUUCUCAAGACCAGCCGUCUAACAAUCGGCCAUCGGCCAUAUUUCGCCCCGACACGCCACAUCCUCACAACCAUCUUGAGACUUUCUCAAGACCACCCCACUCUGGUUUUUAAUGGUUGUCCACCCCGCACCCGUUCCUCAGAAACUUCUCAAGACCUUCGGGUCAAACCCAAGGCCUCAGCUACACUCCCGGCCCCACUCGGCACUUUUUUUUCUGUGGAAGAAAACGGUCCUCAAGACCACCCCACCCCGGUUUUUAAUGGUUGUCCACCCCGCACCCGUUCCUCAGAAACUUCUCAAGACCUUCGGGUCAAACCCAAGGCCUCAGCUACACUCCCGGCCCCACUCGGCACUUUUUUUUCUGUGGAAGAAAACGGUCUCGCUGGGCAUCAGUCCUAA